AUGGCCACGAAGCACGCAUGGAAGGCGAACAAAGCACAACAAGGGAAUGUCACAAUGGGAGGCGUCGAGAACGCAGAAGCCGCCCAGAACGCUCUAGCUCCAAGCCCAGUUGAAGAUCAAGAAUCUAUUGAGCGCCUUCGGAGGAGCGUCGCCGAAGGAAGGCAGCAGCACCUGGCCGAAAUCAAUGCAAAGAAUGCAUUCAUCCAGGGACUGCAGCAGGAAAUAUUGCGACUGCAAAACUCGGCAGCCCAGCCGAAGCCUCCAGUACCACCCCAGGAGCAACAUAAUAGUAGCUCCAGAUUCAAUGCGGGAGCACCAAUGUUUACUCCCCAAGCCGCAGCACCAGGUAAGAAGCCACAGAACGGUGGCUCCGACCCGAAUGCAGAAGCGCCACUGCCUUCCUCGAGUUCACGGCUAAAACAGAGAUAG